AUGACAGAAGUUCACAGCAUAGGGGAUGAAUUUUAUGGUCACGGUGAUUCUUCUAGUUUCCCAUCUCUAAAGCAACUUGAACUUUUUGAUAUGCCUAAUUUAUCUGAAUGGAAAUGUCGCGGGAAAGAUAAAAUCGAAAGCUUCAGCACAGUCCAAGAAUCAUCAAGCAAUUGGUACAACCGAAGUUUUCCUUGCCUUGAAACUCUAACUGUGAUGGGAUGCAGCAAGUUAAUCAACUUGCCAUCAAUUCCAUAUCUCAAGAGUUUGGCUCUGUGGAACAGCAGUGAGCAGCUACUGGAUUCGAUUUCUAAUCUGACAUCCCUCUCAACUCUGCUUGUUUUUGAAUUUCAACUUUCCCAGCAACCUGUGUUUCUCCUCUCAGAAACUGGAUUUGGUUCUGUUACAACAUUGACCAUCUAUGAUUGUGGUGAUUUGAUCUCACGGUUGAAUGAGAAAAUCCGUGGUUUCACAUCUCUAAAGUAUUUGAGUGUUAUACACUGUCACAGACUCCAGUCGCUGCCCACAGAAGUUGGAUAUCUUACAACCCUCCAGACGCUGAAUAUUGCACACUGCCAGGAUCUGGCUCACUUUCCUGAUACAAUGUCAAACCUUUCUUCUUUGGAAGAAGUGAAGAUUACAGCUUGCCCUUUGCUAGAAUCAUUGCCUCAGAAAAUGCUUGAUCUACCAAGUUCGCCAAAGUUUAUCAUCCAAGACUGUCCAAAAUUGCAAAAGUUCAUGGAACCUUUUGUGACAAGUAGGAGAUCUUCUGGGGUGACACUGACUCCAAAUGCAAGGGAAGAGAUUCAACAGAAUAUUUGCACGCCGAUGUGCGUGUAG